AUGCUGUUAAGAUGUUUGUAUGCCGCUCUCUUCAUAUGCACAGUGACGUCACAAGUUCGAAGACUGGGAAAAUUUAAGGAAGUGUUCGCGUGGAAACAAAUGACGUACGAUAUUAAUGGGAAUAUAUUACUUCAAGAUAGAUUUGGAGAAGACUUCGAAGGUCGUGAAAGAAGAUCUGCUGAUAAUAUUGUGUUUGAAAACGACCCUGAUGAUGUUAGAGACUGGAAUUUAUUAAGACCUCCAAAUGACAAUGCAAAGCCGAGUGAUCCAAGUAUACCAGAUCCUACCGAUGAAACAGGAAGAUUUUUUGUUCAAUACAACAAUCUUCCAAUGGGAGUUGAGAGAGUUGGGGGAAAGUUGUUCAUAACUGUACCUCGAAGACGACAUGGAAUACCAUCUACACUCAACUAUAUAAACCUCAAAGAAGCAAAUUCCAGAUCCCCAUCUUUAAAACCAUAUCCCAAUAUUCGGGACGCAAGAUCUCUGACUUCAGUGUACAGAACUCGAGCAGAUGAGUGCGGGAGGCUGUGGAUGGUUGAUACUGGGUUGUUGGAAAUACCAGACAACCCCCAGCAAGUCCAACAACCAGCUAUAGUCAUCUUCGAUUUGAACAGAAACAGACAAAUAAUGCGAUAUCCACUCAAGAAUUCUGACUUACCCGCCGCUAACACUCCUACAGGCUUAGCUUCAAUAACUAUAGAUAUAAAUGGCGACUGUGGAGACGCAUACGCUUAUGUCCCAGACUUGACCACUUUUGGGAUCAUAGUUUACUCUUUAAAGGAUAACAAUAGCUGGAGGCACAACCACGUCUACUUCCACUUCAAUCCAACUGCUUCUAAUCUACAUAUUGCUGGUCAAACCUUCCAAUGGAGUGACGGCAUCUUCAGCAUCACUCUGACCGAGCCAGGAUAUGAUGGGUGCAGAACAGCCUACUUCCACCCAAUGAUCAGCACUCAGGAGUUCUCCAUAUCCACUUGCGUUUUGAAAAACAAUACCAUUAGUUCUAACAGCAAUUACUUUAGUUAUUACUCUAUAGUUGGCGAGCGCGGAGUCAACUCACAGUCCACCAUGCACGCGUUUGAUACAAAAACUCGAGUUGUUUUCUUCGCGGAGAUCGGCCGAGAUGCUAUCUCUUGUUGGAAUUCUGGCAGAAUGCUGAAUCCCACUAAUGUUGCUAUACUCGCUAAUGACAGCGUGAGAAUGAGUUAUCCAGCAGAUCUGCAUAUAACAGACGAUGAAGUAUGGGUUUUGACGAACACUUUACCUAGGUUUGGUUAUUCGAAGCUCGACACUAACGAAUACAACUUUUACGUUUACAGAGGUAAAGUGCAAGAACUGGUUGCUGGUACAGUCUGUUCUCCAACGUUCUACGGU